AUGUCGACUGGUAAAAGUACUGGUUAUUGUGUUGAAUGUGGUGAUGGAGUAACACAAUUUGUACCAAUUUAUGAAGGUUCAAAAAUUGAAAAGGGUGUGUCGUGUUUAGAACUGGCUAGACAAGAUGAAAAAGAAGCAAACAAACUCGAGAAGAUUUAUAAACUUCUUGAUAAAAAAGAAAUAAAGCUUGGUGCCGAAAGAUUUGAAUAUACUGAACAAUUAUUCAAUCCAAAUAAAUAUGGAAAAGAUAUGAAUGGUAUUGCUGUUCAAGCUAAUGAUUCUUUAAUGCAAAUUGAACCAAAUCUAAGAACUGAAUUGUACGGAAAUAUUAUGUUGGCUGGUGGAAGCACAAUGAUGCCUGGCUUUGUCGAAAGAUUUAACACCGAUCUUACAAAAAUUGCACCAGAAUCUAGGAAAAUAAAUGUAACUGCACCACCUAAUGGAGACAUUGCUGCUAAUAUGGGUGGCAAAAUCUUUGCAAGUUUGUCAACUUUUAAAUCUGCUUUUGUAACAAGAGAAGUUUAUGAUGAAUGUGGACCAGAUAUUAUCAACAGAGUUUGCCCAUAA